CUCGUCUGCUGCUGCCUCUGCUGCUCUAACACUCUGCUAUUCUGCUACUCUGUUGCUUUUUCUACUGCUCUGCUACAAUGCUGCCAACACAGCUGUUCCACUUGCCCACUUUGCUUAAUCCAUUGCUCAAUGCUCUCUUCAACAACCCUUCACCCUCCAGCUCUGCCUUGAAUGAAAUCUACCAGACCAUCAACAAGUACCCUUCGAACUUCAUUCUAUUGGUGCCCUCAACCCAUUUCUUGCUCAACUAUCUUAACAAGGAUUCCAAUGUGUCCUACAGAGACCUCUCAUACAACUUGGACUUCAUAAAGUCCCAUAUCAUCAGAAUCUUUCAUGACAACGUCAACGACAGGCUGACCAACAAAUAUGCCCCAAACAAUACCAAUGCUUUGGCAAACGACUUUUCUAACAGAAAAUUGACCUCCAAAGUAUACAUCAAUUUGAAUAAUAAACAAAUUUACAUAAAAAAGGAUUGCAUUAGUACUUUGGAUCCCAAAAAUUACGAGUCCAUAAAGAAAUUCAAAAUUAUUAAAAUUGACUUGUUUCCAAAUUUUAAUAAUUUCCUAAAUUGUAAAAAUGUUAAAAUCAUAUAUAUAGAAAAAUCCAUAAUCGGUACUCCAAUUAAAAUAAUAGAUCCCAAAUUUGAUAAUAUUUCUCCAAAUUCUCUUGAUUCUAAUACAGAUAUAAAUACAAAUACAAAUACGAACAAUACCAAUAAUAAUAUGAAGAAUACUAAUAAUAAUGAUAAUAAUGAUAAUAAUAAUAAUAAUAAUAAUAAUAAUAAUAAUAACAAUAAUGAUAAUGAUAACAAUAAUACCAAUAAUAAUGAAAGUGAUGAUGAUAAUUGCUCUGUCAACACGCUGAAUGACUCCAAUAAUGAUCCCAAUGGCAAUAAUAACUCCAAUACUAAUAACAACUGCGACAAUGACGAUGACAUUGAUUCAGAAUCAAAACUAUUUGAUAACUCUUCAAACACAAUAUUAUCAAUCAAAAACUAUAACUCAAAUACAUCCUUUGAGCAAAUAAUGAGAAGAUUUCCUCUAAUUUCAGAAAUCUUGGGCAACAGAUUCAACAACAUAUUCAAUUCUUUCGACCUAAAAAAACUAAACUCAAUUGAUGAUCUAAUAUCAAAAUUUAAUCAAUUGAUAUCAAAUUUAAAAUUGCUAUUCAAUACUUUACCACCCUACUUAGUAAACGAUAUCCUAAAAUUCUCUCCUUCAAUUGAUCUAAAUCAAUGCAUCUACGAUUACGCUGAACUAAACCUAUACCAUAAAAUUUACAAUAAACUAAUCCUACUAUCAAAUAAUAACUCAGUUUCAUUCAAUUCACUCUUCUAUAACGAUUUGCAAUAUCUCUCAAGCAAUCAACUAAACUUGUCCGAAAAAUUCCUCCUAUUUGAAAACAAUCACCAAUUGCUAUUUCUUGAAAGGAAACUAAUCAAAGCAAUCCAAACCUUUAAAACAUUAUCUCUAUCAAAUAACUACAACUCAAAACUAAAAAUUCUUUUAAAUACCAUUAAAAUUUUAACAAACCAAGAGCAAAUCCUACACUACAAUUACGCUCAAAAUAAAUUUCAAAAAGUCAAAAGUUUCAUUAUUGAUGCUGACAAUCUUAUCGGUCUACUAAUCCUAGUAGUAAUCAAUUCAAAGAUUAUUAAUCUAAAUACCCAUUUCAAUUAUAUCAAAAAUUUCUCCUAUAUCGAUAUCGAAAAGGGUAAUUUAGGCUAUAUUUUUUCCACAUUUGAAGCUGUAAUAUACUAUCUACAGAAUCAAGAAAACAAAAUCAAUCUAUCUAGGAAUUCUUUUAAAAAUAAAAAAUUUUGGAACUUGAUCAAAAAUAAUGAUCUAACUCAAUUAAACAAUCUAUUAAACAAUGAACUUGAAUCAUCUGAUUCAAAAAUAUCCCCUGAUUCCUUUCUUAAAAGCAGAACAAUUAAUGGUGAAUCCUGUUUAAUGUUAGCAGUUCAAAGUUCCAAUUAUCAAAUUUUUAAAACUUUGCUUAAUUAUGAAAACAUUUUCACUCUAGAAGAUAUUUUAUACGAUAAAACAAUCUUUAAUACAACUCUAUUGAACCAAGCUUUAAAAUUAGAAAAUAUCCCAAUCAUUAACGAAAUCGUUGAUAUAAUUUCUUCAUCUUGUACUAUUCCCGAACAAAUUUUUUACUAUAAUAUUCCCGAUAACUUUAAUAGAACUAUAGGCCACUAUUUAAUUCAUUAUGAUGAAUUAAUCGAUAAAAUCGGCUUAUUUAUAAACUGGAUUUUUAAAGAUAUAAACCAUCAAACUCCUUUAUUUACCAUAUGCAGAAAAUAUGACGAUACAAACUACGAUAACUUGAUUGAAAGAACCUUUAAACUAGUUAAAUACUGGUAUAAACUCAAAGGCCAGGCUUUUGAUUAUAAAAACCAUAUUGAUAAUAAAGGAAAUACUUUACUCCAUAUCUUGAAAUCAAAUUUAAAUGUAUUAUUAUCAGAUAAAGAUUUAUUAAUUAAUUUAAAUGAAGAAAAUCAUAAAAGAGUCACACCAUUAUUAAACUCAAUCAAAUUGAAUAGAAUAAAUAAUGUGAAAGAUUUAAUUCAUGACAAAAGAAUAAAUCCAAUAAAAGUUGACAAGGUAACUUUUUUUACUCCUUUAGAUUACAUCAAAAUGUCUUCCAACUCAAAAUCAACAACAAAACUAAAUACAAGUUUAAACAGUAACAAUAAUAAUGAAAAUGAUAAUAUCAAUGACAAUAAUAAAAAAUAUAUUGAUAGUGAUAACGGGAAUAUAGAUAAUAAUAAUAGUUUUGUAAGUGAAAAUUCUAGUCAAGAAUCCAAUAAUCCAUUGAUAAUACAAACCGAUAACUAUCAAACUACCGAAAACAAUGAGAAUAAUGAUAAGAAAAACAGAACAGUUUUUGAGACUAUAUUUGAUUCAUUUUUUCUUGAUAAUUAUGUUUCCUUUUUCAAUGACAAAAAAAUUGGAAUCAUCCGACCAAGGUAUGAUGGCCAUUAUAAAUUUGUAAUAAAAGGACAGAUGAAGUACCCAGUUUCAAAAGAUUCCUACAGGCUAUUUACAUAUUCAAUUAUGCAUGAUUUGAAUGAUUUUAAAAUACUAUUAAAAUAUAUUAAAAUUGAGUUUCCAAACAUUUUUUUGCCGGUUGAUAAAUUAAUUGAAAAUAUUACAAAUUUUGAAAAUAUAUCUGAAAAAAAUUUAUUGCAUUUCAACAAGCUAUUAUUGAAUGAGUUGAUAUUUGAGCUAAAUAUAAAUUUAUUUAAUUAUUUAUUAAGCGCUAAAUCUCUAAACAAUUAUGAAUUAAUUUGGGAGUUUUUAGUUUUACCAGUAUUCAAUAAUGAGAAAAAUAAUCUAGAAGAGCGAUGUUUAAAUCGGGUAAAUAAUUUAAAAGAAAAAAUAUUGAUGUCGAAUGAUAUGAAUAAUAAAGUGAGAAAAAAGGCACCAUUAUCAGUAUCAUCCUCAUCUUCAAUGUCAUUACCAUCAUCAAUAAAAGAGUUUCCGAAAAAUAUAAAUGAGAUAUCAAUUUUUUUGAAAUAUUCAUAUAACGAUAUAAAGGAAUAUAGUUUUUUGAUAAGCAAAUUGAAUAAAUUGGGAUUGUUUAUCGAUUUGAAGACCAAGGAUUAUCAAUAUGUGACUAAGAAUGUGAUGUUUGAAAAAGUUUUAAAUUAUAAAGACAAGUUGAUAUAUGAAGAAGAAAAAAAUAAAAAAAGAAACAGAAAUAUGAAAAAUAUGAAAAAUAUGAAUAUGAAUAUGAAUAAUAGAAUUGAAACAGAUAAAUUUGUCGAAUUGCCUAAAAUUAUAAGCUUUUUAAAAGAUUUUAGUAGCAAUUAUAAGAUAUUUGAUGAGAGUGAACCCAGUGCAUAUUCAAAAUUGUGUAUGAUGAUUAAAACCUUUGAGAUGAUAAGUAAAAACUUGGUCAAGAAUAUUGAAGUGAUAAUUAAUGAAUUAGUACCUGAAUGGUGGAGAAUGUAUAAUGAAAUGGAUGAUAUUAAGAAGUUGUUAAGCAAAAUGAAUAAUAAAAAUCGUGAUAGUAACAAGAAUGAAAGUGAUGCAAAUCGUAAGAGUUUAAUAAAUAAAAAAAAUAAAAUAAAAAAAAAGGCAUCAAAUAAUAGUUUGUCAAAGGUAUUUGGUUCUGUGAAUGUUAUUAAUGAACCUAUCAGGUUAUUCAAAAAAAUAUCCAAGAAAAAUUUAAAUGAGCCGAGUAAAAACAUUAACAAUAUUGAAAAUGGAAGUACUCUUGGUGAUAUAAGCGAAAGUGAGCGUCUAUUUGGAAAUUAUAAUGAAAACAAUGACUUUGAAAAUAUAGAAGACAACAGAUUAAAUAAUGAUGAUAUUAAUAAUGGUAUUAAUAAUGAUCUUGAUAAUGAUUUUGAUAAUGAUUUUGAUAAUGAUCUAAAUAAUAAUCUAAAUAAUGAUAUUAAUAUUAAUAGUGAAAAUGGGGGAAGCAAUGAGUUAAUUAUAGAAAGUAUAGAUGAAUCUGGGAAGAUUAUAAUACUUGAGAAAGAAAAAGAUGAUGAAAUGAAAUACAAUGAGAUAAUUAAAUCAUCAUCGGGCAAAAAAAUUUCAUUUUUCACAAAUAUAAUUGAAAGUAAAAGAAUCAAUUUCAAAAAACAAUUGAUUGAGCGAUUCAAGAAAUUGGAAGUGGAAAUCAUUGAUUUAGAGCAAAAAAUUAAAUUCAAUCACGAAUCUUUAGCAGUUGAAAUUGGAAACUUUAAUGAUGUUAAAAAGGUUUUUUGGGAAAAUACAAUAAGAAUUUUCAUUGAGGAGCAUUUGAAAGAUAUAAGAUUUUGCAAAUUAGCUCAUGAAAAAGCGCUUUCUGACAUCAAAAGAAUGAAAAUUUGAGACAAGUAAGUAAUUAUCUCUUAAAUAGAAGCAAAUAAAACAAAGCUACAGACAGUUUUGUAACAAGAAAUCAUGUU